CCUCAGUGGAGGACUGAAACAGUGCCCCAGCUGGCCGGCUAGCAGCAGAGAAGAUGGCUGCAGAGGGGAUUUUCAGGCCACUGUCUGAAAACAGAACACCGUUUGUCAUGUUGAACGACGACUAGCCAGCGUGUCACCCCGGUUGUUCCGUUAAUCGGUUCCGACUGGCUUCGUCGGAGCGGAUUAAACAACAUGGGGUCGCAGACUCUACAGAUCCUGAGGCAGGGGGUCUGGGCUUCAGUCACAGGCGGAUGGUACUACGACCCCGAUCAGAACACAUUCGUCAACGCUUUACAUCUCUACAUCUGGCUGUUUCUGCUAUGUUUCCCCUUCACGCUGUACAUGGCCCUGCAGCCAACUAUGGUGAUAGUGGGAAUCUACUGUGGUGUGAUUGCUGCCAUGUUUCUGCUGCUGAAGAUGGUGAAUUACCGCCUCCACUACGCCCUGGAUGAGGGGGAGGUGGUGGAGCAUCAAGCCAAGGAGAAUCAGGGCAGCAGAAGUGGCACGGAGGGGGCAAAUGAUGGAGGUGCCACCCGUCGGGAGGACAGCAAUGGCCCGGGGGACCCUGGAGGGGGUAUCGAGAUGGCAGACUUUAUCCGACAAGAGACUCCACCAGUGGAUUGCAGUUCCAGGAACUCCUAUAUUGGGAUGGAGUCUAUCCAGCAGAUUGCAUCCACACAUGGAAGAGCAAUAGUUAUUAAAGGAGAUGUGGGAAAGAUCUCAGAUGAUAUCAGUUUGACUCUGGUUGAGAGCUGCAGUCAUGAUCAUGAUCUGCUCUCAGACACAAAGAUGUACUGCCUUGUUCCCAAUGACUCCUUCGCCUCCUUGCAGCCAUCAACCUCCUUGUGUCCUUCAGAGUUGUCCAGGGAGCCUGCUGAUCUCUGUAACUCAGCUGCUUAUCACUUCAGCCUGUCGCACUCGUCCUGUGACACGGAGGUGACCACUCACGCAUCCAUGCAAUCUCAGAGCUUUAGGAAGGAGCUCCGCUCGCGGGGCCUACCUCGGACAUCUAGUUCAGCAGGCUCCGCUUUCCCCGACCCGUGUCUGCCAGACUUUGCUCUGUAUCCUCCUCCCAGGAGGAGUGGCCUUGACCCUGUCUGCGAGAUGGAAGCUGCCAGACCACACAGGCCAGCGAUGUGUGAUGGAGAGGCAGCAGAGCGGCUUUACCAGCAGGAUCAAGCCGUGCCCUCCACCUCUGGAGUUGAGUGUUACAGGCACAAAGAACCACGCAGAGUUGCCCGCUCAGUCUCCAGGGAGGCGGGGGAAGGGAGCUCAGGACUAUACCAGGUACAGGUGGGUAGUAGUGGUGGGAAAGGCCCUGGUGGAGGAGGGAAGUCCCAAGGAGGAGAGCGAAGUGCAGAUAGCCUGAGGAGCCUGAGCACCCGUAGUAGUGGCUCCACUGAGAGUUAUUGCAGCGGCACAGACAGGGACACCAACAGCACAGUCAGCAGCUUCCACAGCGAACAGACCAGUUCUACACAUGUGGAGAGUCUGCUCUCACUUUCAGGGGAUGAGCGUGUACGGGACAGAGGAGAGGCUGUAUCAGCCCCUGCAGAUGGCGGGACUUCUAGCCUCGGCAGUUUGAGCUCCCGAGGUCUCAGUAACCUCCCCCCUAGAGAGGCCAAUAAAAACCCGCACGCCAAUGAGCUGACUGCUAAACAAACUGCUGAUACUAUUUCUUCUGGAAACAAGGAAGUCUUGGAACCUGUUGGAGACGCGGAGGAGCCUGGCGUUAGGACCAGUGUCGAUGAUUCAACAGGUGUUGUUAGCGCAGAGCAGGAGCAAACAACAGAUGAUGUUGAAUUGAAAUCAGCGAACAUUGUUCAGAGGACUUCUUCUCUGACAACGGGGCGCUGUGGACGUCGGCAGAGCGGUAAGAAAAGAGCAAGCAGCUUCGAUGCCAGCCGUCACCGGGACUACUUGUCUUUGCGUGGUAUGGCUAAACCCUGCAGCGCUGUUUUUACUGGUGGUGGAGAGGAUGACUCUAGUGAUCAGAGUGAACUCAGCUGUGCCUCUAGUCUCCACUCCACCCACCAUCCAAGUACAGACAGCUCAUCAAGCACCACCUCCCGCUCCUGCCACUCCCCAGAGGACCACUUUAAGGCCCUGAAAGCCAAGCGUGCAGCAGUCAAUGCACCCUCCUCCUCCUCUGCAAUGAAGGCUGCGGCGGGAUCUGAGGAAGGAACGCGAAGUGGAGGGAAGCGCCGCGCCUCCCGCCGUACGCCCAGCACAGGUAGUGCCAAAACGCAUGCCAGGGUGUUGAGUUUGGACAGUGGCACCGCUGCUUGCCUUAAUGAUCCCAGCCGCUUAGGAGCUCCAUCUGCGCCUCGACCUCUCACCACCUCCAAGUCGGAUUUGGAAGCCAAAGAAGGGGAAGUCCUGGAUGCUGCUUCUCUGCUGGGUCGGGCCUCCCAGUUGGAAUCAGUGACCCGCUCCAGAAACAGUCUGCCAAACCAGACAGCUUUCACUGAGCCUCAGGAUGCCACUGCUGCUUCCCUGCGGGCGCCUGGAAGUGAAGAGACGGUCAUAUUCCGUCGCGAGCGUAGCACGUUUCGUCGGCAGGCAGUGCGGCGCCGGCACAACGCAGGGAGUAACCCAACCCCUCCCACCUCCCUCAUUGGAUCUCCUCUCAGUCUUCAGGAGGCUCUCAACCAGGCCUCCCAGCCUUCUACUUCACAGGUGAAAAGUCAGCCAUCAAGAACCCCAUCCCAGGUGACAAUGCUGAGCACAAGCACCUCCCUGCUGGCCAGGAAUGGAAGCACGCACCUGGAGGGUUCUCAGGACAAAGCCUCAACUGUUGGUGCCACCAGCUUGCAGGAUGACUUUGGAAAGCUCACUCCCUCCUUAUAUGAGGCUGGUGGAUGCGACAUGUCUCUGGUUAACUUUGAACCAGCAACCAGACGAGCCUCCAAUAACCUAUGGGAUACUGACUCCCACCUCUCCAGUUCUACCUCAGUUCGUUUCUACCCUCAUGACCUGAUCUCCCUCCCUCAGAUCCGUCUAAACCGCCUGCUGACCAUGGACCCAGAGCUACUGGAGCAACAGGACGGAGAUCUAAGCCCAGAUCUCCAAGAUGCACCACUGGGACAAGAGGACGCUGCAGCCUCUGCUGCUGCUAAAGCCAAGCAGUACUACCGUUUGUGGCUUCUCCCCUACCUGUGGGUAGGCCUGCACUUUGACCGGCUUACCCUGCUGGCACUGUUUGACAGGAACCGUGAGGUUUUAGAAAAUGUGCUGGCAGUCGUGCUUGCUGUCCUGGUGGCCUUUCUGGGUUCAGUGUUGCUCGUCCACGGCUUCUUCACUGACAUCUGGGUCUUUCAGUUCUGCCUCGUCAUUGCAAGUUGCCAGUAUUCCUUGCUAAAGAGUGUUCAACCAGACUCCUCAUCCCCUAGACAUGGCCAUAAUCGUAUCAUAGCAUACAGCCGGCCAGUGUACUUCUGCCUGUGCUGCGGCCUCAUUUGGUUGCUGCACUACGGCAGUCUGAAGAUCUCUUCAUCUCGCUUCACCCUGUACGGAGUCGCCCUCACCAGCUCCUUUGUUCUUGCCUCUGCCAGGGACCUCGUCUUAGUCUUUACUCUCUGCUUUCCCAUCGUUUUCUUCAUGGGGCUGCUGCCGCAAGUCAACACAUUCGUCAUGUACUUCUUUGAGCAGCUGGACAUCCAUGUGUUUGGGGGCAAUGCCUCCACAAGCCUUCUAUCAGCGUUGUACAGCAUCCUGCGCAGUAUAGUUACUGUGGCUUUGCUCUACGGCUUCUGCUAUGGAGCUCUGAAGGAGACCUGGGAGCCUCAUCACAUCCCUGUGUUAUUCUCUGUGUUCUGCGGCCUCUUGGUGGCAGUGUCGUACCAUCUGAGCCGGCAAAGCAGUGACCCGUCUGUCCUCAUCUCACUGAUGCAGUCCAAGAUUUUACCCAACUUAAAAGACAAAAACCCAGAGGACCCCCUGUCAGAAGUUCAGGACCCUCUGCCAGAGAAGCUGAGGGCCUCAGUGAAUGAACGUCUGCAAUCGGAUCUGAUCGUGUGUGUGGUUAUUGCUGUCCUUUACUUCGCCAUCCAUGUCAGCACAGUAUUCAUAGCACUACAGCCUUUCCUCAGUUAUGUUCUGUACGCCCUGUUGGGAACGGUGGGUUUGCUCACACACUACCUGCUGCCUCAAGUUCGCAAGCAGCUGCCCUGGUACUGCUUCUCACACCCGCUGCUCAAAACCAAGGAGUACUAUCAGUUUGAAGUCAGGGAUGCUGCUCAUGUCAUGUGGUUUGAAAAGGUGCAUGUGUGGCUGCUGUUUGUGGAAAAGAACGUUCUCUAUCCACUCGUCAUCCUUAACGAACUGAGUGGCAGCGCCAGAGAACUCGCCAGCCCAAAGAGACUUGACACGGAGGUUGGGGCUCUGAUGAUCACAGUAGCAGGUCUGAAGCUGCUCCGUUCCUCCUACAGCAGUCCCACCUACCAGUACGUGACCAUCCUCUUCACUGUCCUCUUCUUCACUUUCGACUACCGCCAUCUGUCCGAGACGCUGCUGCUCGACCUCUUCCUCAUGUCCAUCAUUUUCAGCAAGUUGUGGGAGCUUUUUUACAAGCUGCACUUUGUCUACACCUACAUCGCUCCAUGGCAGAUCACAUGGGGCUCAGCCUUCCACGCCUUCGCUCAGCCCUUUGCUGUGCCUCACUCGGCCAUGCUGUUUGUCCAGGCUGUGGUAUCUGCAGUCUUCUCUACUCCCCUCAACCCUUUCCUUGGCAGUGCCAUCUUCAUCACCUCCUACGUCCGCCCCGUCAAGUUCUGGGAACGAGACUAUAACACUAAGAGAGUCGAUCACUCUAACACCCGACUGGCUUCUCAGCUGGACAGAAAUCCAGGCUCAGAUGACAACAAUUUGAACUCCAUCUUCUACGAGCAUCUUACCCGAUCCCUUCAGCACAGCCUUUGUGGAGACCUGCUCCUGGGCCGCUGGGGGAACUUCAGUACCGGGGACUGCUUCAUUCUGGCCUCUGACUAUCUGAACGCUCUGGUGCAUCUUAUAGAAAUCGGCAACGGCCUGGUCACCUUUCAGCUUCGGGGGCUGGAGUUCAGAGGAACCUACUGCCAGCAGAGAGAAGUGGAGGCCAUCACUGAAGGGGUGGAAGAAGAUGAGGGCUGCUGCUGCUGCGAACCAGGCCAUCUUCCUCACAUCCUGUCCUUUAAUGCUGCGUUUGGGCAGCGCUGGCUUGCCUGGGAGGUACUCGUCACCAAAUACGUUUUGGAGGGCUAUAGCAUCACCGAUAACAGCGCCGCCUCCAUGCUGCAGGUGUUCGACCUGCGACGCAUCCUCACCACCUACUAUGUCAAGGGUAUCAUCUACUAUGUGGUCGCCUCCCCCAAACUGGAGGAGUGGCUAGCUAAUGAGACAAUGAAAGACGGCCUGCGAGGGUGCGGAGAGAGGAACUACGUUGACCUGGAUCCCACCUUUAAUCCCAACAUCGAUGAAGACUACGACCAUCGGCUUGCAGGAAUCUCCAGGGACAGCUUUUGUGGCGUCUACCUGGGUUGGAUCCAGUACUGCAAUUCUCGAAGGGCCAAGCCACUGGACUGUGAGAAAGACUCUGCUCUGGUGCUGCUCUGCUUCGGCCUGUGUGUGCUGGGAAGGAGAGCUCUUGGGACUGCAGCCCAUCACAUGUCCAGCAAUCUGGAGUCUUUCCUUUAUGGACUUCAUGCAUUAUUUAAGGGUGAUUUCCGCAUCUCGUCAGUGCGAGACGAGUGGAUCUUCGCAGACAUGGAACUGCUCAGGAAAGUUGUGGUGCCUGGAAUCCGAAUGUCUCUCAAAUUACACCAGGACCACUUCACGUCCCCCGACGAGUAUGAUGAGCCAGCAGUUCUUUUUGAGGCCAUCUCCUCCCACCAGCAGAACCUGGUCAUUGCUCACGAAGGUGACCCGGCCUGGAGGAGCGCCGUGCUGUCCAACGCUCCAUCCCUCCUUGCCCUGCGCCACGUCCUAGAUGAAGGCACCAACGAGUACAAAAUCAUUAUGCUCAAUCGACGAUACCUCAGCUUCCGUGUCAUCAAGGUGAAUAAAGAAUGUGUCCGAGGUCUUUGGGCAGGGCAGCAACAGGAGCUGGUGUUCCUCAGAAACAGAAACCCAGAGCGCGGGAGCAUCCAGAAUGCCAAGCAGGCUCUGCGUAACAUGAUCAAUUCAUCUUGCGACCAGCCCAUUGGAUAUCCAAUCUACGUCUCACCGUUGACCACCUCCUACUGCAACUCACACCCACAGCUUGGACGCAUCUUGGGAGGGCCCAUCAGCAUCGCAAACAUCCGCAACUUCGUUGUCAGCACUUGGCACAGGUUAAGAAAAGGCUGUGGUGCAGGCUGUAACAGUGGAGGGAAUAUUGAGGAUUCGGAUGCAGGGGGGUUGUCGUGCGGCAGUGGGAAUGGGACAGGUGGUGACUCUCAGCAGAGCUCCGUGUCGCAAGGCGGCACCUCUGGACCUGCUCCUCCUCACUCAUACCAGCCACAUUCUCUGGGCACCAGUCAGAGUUCCCAGUCUGUUCAGUCUGGUUUGGUACGCCACUCACCCGCCCGAGCCUCGAUGGCCAGCCAGUCAUCAUCGUACCGCUACAGCAGCAGCCGCCACUCCUCCUUGCGCACCUCCACCACCGGCCUGGAGCCCUGCCGUCGUUCCUCCACCAGCCAACUGUCUCUGCGCACACUCCCCACAUCCCUGCAGCUCCGGCUGGGCUCAACCUCCGACCCCGCCGGCCCUUCGUCCUCACUCUCCAGCCACAGCAUCCCUCCCUGUAAACGUCACACACUUGUUGGCCUCCUGGGCAAUGACAGCGUGUGCAGCACCGUGACGGAUCCCCUCAGCCAGCAUCAUCACCAUCAUCACCACCCACAGCAGCACAACCCCACUGUCGCCACGAUACGGAGAGAUGACAUCUCCUACAGAGUACAGAUUGUAGAUGUGAGUCAGGUGCUGGAGAACAUCAACUUAUCAAAAAGGAAGGAGCUGCAGUGGCCUGACGAGACCAUGAGACUGAGGGCAGGACGGACCUGCUGGAGAGACUGGAGCCCCAUCGAGGGCAUGGAAGGGCAUGUGAUUCACCGGUGGGUGCCUUGUAGCCGAGACCCAGCCAAUCGCUCCCAUAUCGACAAGACCAUCCUGCUGGUACAGGUGGAAGAUAAGCUAGUACCCAUAAUUGAGACUGGGGUCAUUGAGUUGGGUGCAGAGGUUUGAGAUGAGCAAGCACACACGUCUCACAAACACACGCUUGUGUGAAGAUGGAGCAACACCUCCCUGACUUUCAGCAGGGGUCUGUGGACAAACAGGGAAUGGGAGCCUUCGCUGCCUCCUUUAGUUCCCCAUCGCUGAAGGGGAAGGAAGCCAGGGAUAAGUGCAAACAAAGGCAGAGUAAACGUAUACCCGACAUGCUUUACUACAUCAACACACAUCCACAAUAUCUGCCUUUUGUUGCGUCUCAAAUGCUGCAUGACGGUAAACAACCCUUAAGUUAGUUCUUGCUACUGGUAAUUAAUUUCUAUGCAUUUCAUCAGCGAUUUUUCUUGAAUUUACUGACAGAGCUCAGUGUAAGAAGCGUGUGGAGAUUUCUUUUUUUGUUGUUUUUGUAAAUCCUUUAAUAUUUUGCCAAAUAAGUCUAUUGAAUAUUUGCCAUGGUUUCAUACAUGAAUGCUUCUUUUUUAUUAUUAUUUUCUGGCUGCCAAGACUGCAGAGAAAGUUGUGGCGCAUAACAGACGGAAGUCCGAGACUAGACAGCGCUGUCCUCCACAGACUCUGUUUCAUUGUUGUCAUUCCUUUUUAAUUUGUUUGAAAUUUGCAAGAUCGAUUUGCGCAAAGAAAAAAGAACUUGCACUAUAAUUUUUGUAUUUAAUUUACAGCAAUGCACUACAAUCUUUAGAUGAUAUCACAUUUUAUUUAUUACAGACUGAAUGGUCAUGGUUACCGAUGCCUUGGGAAUGAAAAAAAUGCAAUCAUUAUUCUGUUUUCAGCCAAUUUUAUUUUAAUAUUUUGUUUGAUAAACUUGAAAAUAACUUUUUACUGUACAUGAAUUUAUCUAUACAUAUAUAUAUUUACACAAAUAUAUAUAUAAUGUCUAUGUAUAAAAGAUUUUGUUUUCAAUAUUUAUUACUGUGAACAUAGUAUUUACACUUUGUUAAAUUUUUUUUCUUUUUCUUUUUUCAUUUUGGGACAAAGGUUAAUGUAUUGAGGACCAUUGGUUGAAAACAAGAUGCCGCAAUUUUGAUGGACUGUUUCACUAUUUAACUGAAUUCUUUUCUAUAUGGAGAAAUAAAAUUUGAUUUAUUGCUGUCUUU